AUGGAGCUGAACACUAGAACCAGCAAGGGCAAGGGCAAAGCCAUGGCCAAGAUCCUGGAAGAAGAGGAGGAGGAGGAAGAGGAAGAUGACGACUUCUUCAGCCCAAGCGGCUGCGGGUGCUUCCUCUGCGCCAUCAAAGAGCCGGACGCCCGGCUCCGCCGGGCCAGCCUUUCUGCCUUCUUCAGGGAGCUACCAUACUGCGACGAUGACGGCGGGACCGCCGGCGCCGGCAGCAAUGGCGGCCAGUCAUGUGCCGCGGCGGUUGGCGCCGUGUGGCGGGCGGCCAUGUCCGCGCCCGAUGACCCCGAGCUCCCUUCGCUCGGCGCGAUCCGGUGCAUGUCCCUUCUCCUCGCCCGCGCGCUCGCCGACGCGGCGUGGCUUCAUCGCGGCGACAACGUGUACGUGCCGUACUAUGCCGCCCAUGUCAUCGGCUCCUACACCAUCCGCUCCUCCGCGCACGCCGAGCUGGCCGUCGCGGCCGGAGCCGUGCGCCCGCUGUUGGCCCUACUCGGCGGCGCCAUGACGUGGGUCGAGCAGCGCGCGGCGGCGCGAGCCCUGGGCCACCUCGCCAGCUACGAGUCCACGUUCCCGGCCGUCGCACGCCACGCCGCCGAGGCGGUGCAGCUCGCCGUGCGUUCCGCGUCCACUUGCAUCGGCGACGUCUACGCCAACUUCGUCGCGCUGGCACCGAGCAGGCGGCCGAAGUACCAGCGCGACCUCAUGACGUGCGGGAUCGGCGGCGGCGCCGACGCCGAGGACAGGAAGGCGGAGGAGUGGGCGAGCCAGCUCCAGUGCUGGUCGCUCUACUUGCUGAGCUGCCUCGCCUCCAGGGACCUGUCAUCUCAUGCCAUGAUAUGCCAGGACGUCUUGUUCUUGAGCGAGCUGUCCCGGAUGUGGGGCGGACUGGCCAACGGCGACUCGCCCGCCGGCGUCGGCUUGCUGCGCCUCCUCUGUAGGAGCCCAGUCGGCCGCGCCGCCAUCGCGGCGUGCCGCGAUGCGCUGUCCAGUCUUUGUGACCUCGCGCGUUCGUCCGAUGACUGGCAGUACAUGGCCGUAGAUUGCUUGCUCCUCCUCCUCGACGACCGCGCCACAUGGCACGCCGUUGCUGAUGCAACGGCGCCGUGCCUCUCUGACUUGGUCGAUCUCCGGCACCUCGGUCCAAGGCGACGACUCGGAGAUGCCAUUGCAACUGCACUGCUCCUUGAUGACGGCCAUGUCGUCGGUGACCGUGAACUAGGUGCGGAAGCGAAAAGGGCGAUCGCCGGCGUGAGAGAGCAGAAGGGAGAGAGGAAGGAGAGAGAGGAAGCAAUGCCUAGGGAUGAGUUGCUGAAGAGAGAGAUCUUAGCCAAGGAGAAGAAGAGGCAAGGAGGAGGGAGAGUCUGGUGCUGCACAGCAACCGCGCGCAGUGCCGGCUCGCGCGGCGCGACGCCGACGCGGCGGUGA